AUGCUUGACGAGAUUCAUCCGACCCUCGAAACCCACCCGAAUGACAAAAAUGCAUACACCCUGGGAGCGAUCAGUGGGCACAAUGUGGUGAUCGCCUGUCUCCCCGCUGGCACCUAUGGCACUACCUCAGCCGCGACAGUUGCGAGCUCCAUGGUCUUUACCUUUGGCUCCAUGCAGCAUCUCCUCAUGGUGGGGAUCGGCGGAGGGGUACCAUCAGAAUCCAACGAUGUGAGGCUUGGUGAUGUCGUCGUCAGCGUUCCGACCCCGGGAUGUGAGGGCGUGAUACAGUACGACUACGGGAAGACCAUUCAGGAAGGACACUUUGAGAGAACAGGUACCCUGAGUAAACCCUCCACAUCCCUCCUGGCCGCACGCACAUGCGUAAAUUGUGAUGCGAACGAAUUGAUCUUGCGCUCAGCACGCAAGGACACCCGGCCAGCUGUUCAUUACGGCCUGAUCGCUUCCGGAAACCAGGUGAUCAAGCAUGCAGGCACCCGUGACCGACUGGCUGCGAAGUUGGAUAUAUUGUGCUUUGAGAUGGAAGCCGCCGGCCUGAUGGAUAACUUCCCGUGCCUAGUGAUUCGAGGGAUUUCAGACUAUGCCGAUUCGCAUAAGAACAAGCAAUGGCAGGGAUACGCAGCCGCCACGGCUGCUGCUUAUGCUAAAGAGCUGUUGGCGGUUAUCAACGCCACAGGGCCCAGAAUAGCUCGAGAAUCAACAACAAAGACAACAUCCGGCGGUGUCGACCAUCGCAGGUGUGUGAUAGACGCAUUGCGGUUUGAACAAAUAGAGAGUCGACAGGCAACAAUCAAAGCUGCCCAUGCUAAGACAUGCCGAUGGCUCUUGGAGAAACAAGAAUAUCUGGAUUGGCUUGACACAGACAAGGUCGUUGAUCAUCAUGGCUUUCUCUGGAUCAAAGGCAAAGCAGGAAGCGGCAAGUCAACCAUAAUGAAAUUUGCGUACCAACACGCCCAGGCGGCCAGGGAUGACAAUAUUGUGAUUGUUUCAUUCUUCUUCAAUGCGCGUGGUGAGCAACUUGAAAGAACGACCGAAGGCAUGUAUCGGUCCUUGCUCUUGCAGCUGAUGGAGGCUGUGCCUAAUCUUCAAGUAUUAUUGGAUCGAGUUCCUUUGCCACCUAAUCACAACAGCCAGAAUUCUUCCAUCCUGGAAAUCGAGAGGCUUCAAGAGAUCUUCCGCUGUGCCGUGACCUCCCUCGAUGGAAAGCAUCUGAUUUGUUUUAUCGAUGCGCUUGAUGAGUGCGACGUGGAGCAGGUGCGAGCCAUGGUAGAGUUCCUCGAAUCCUUAGGACAAUACGCGACGUUAUCGCAGAUCAAACUUCAUGUUUGCUUUUCCAGUCGUCAGUACCCGUUCAUCACGGUGGAGAAUGGAAUCGAAUUGAUUCUCCAUGACCAAAAAGGCCAUGGGGAGGACAUCGCUCGAUACUUGCGCAGCGAAUUGAAGAUCGGACGAAGUAAACAGGCUGAUCUCAUUCGAACUGAGAUAUCAGGCAAAGCAUCUGGCAUCUUCCUCUGGACUGUUCUUGUUGUUCAGAUCCUUAAUCGCGAAUAUGAGAGGGGUCGUCUGCAUGCGCUGCGCAAGAGGCUUUCCGAGAUACCAAAUGAGCUGGGCGAACUUUUCAAGGACAUCUUGACUCGCGACAAUGCUAAUUUGGAUCAGCUCUUGCUAUGCAUCCAGUGGGUCUUAUUCAGCAAGCGACCGCUGAGAAGAGAGGAGCUCUACUUUGCCAUUCUUUCCGGCCAGCCGGACGAUCUCUCGGAUGCCUGGGACCCCGAUGACAUUACCCUGGACGACAUGGAGCGGUUCAUCUUAGCGACGUCGAAAGGCCUGACCGAGACAACCAAGUCACGACAUGCGACCGUGCAAUUUAUACAUGAAUCCGUCCGUGAGUUUCUCUUGAGAGGGAAUGGCAUCAGAGAGCUUUGGCCUGGCAAGCAUGACCGCCUCGAUGCAUUGAGCCACGAUCGCCUCAAAAUGUGUUGUCAAAAUUAUUUGACGACCGACAUCCGAGGCUCACUGGGUGUUCCUGACGAGCUUCCCAUUGCGUCAUCCGAGAGUGCUCGCGACAUACGAUCUGCAGUGAUUUCCCGCUAUCCGUUCUUCCAAUAUGCAGUAUCCAAUGUCCUGUACCACGCCGAUGCUGCACAAAAUGGUGGUGUGGACCAGAGCGAGUUCAUUGAUCGCUUCCCUCUCACUGAGUGGAUUCAUCACAGCAAUAUGAUCGAGCAGGCCCAAAUCCGACGCUACACAUCGUCUGCAAGCCUCUUGUAUAUCCUUGCAGAGCACGACCUCCCUAAUCUCAUAGGCAUAGUAUUGGUGGAUACACCAGAUCUGCAGAUAGCGGUUCUUUUGCUGGCAACCGGGCGUCUGCCAAGUGAUUCCAAAAGUCAACACUUGCUACUAUGCCAGGCUACUGAUGAGGACAGGCCAACAGUAGUUGACUUUCUGCUCCGGGUUCUCAAAGUUCACCCAGACGGCUGCGGGAGCGGACCUCAAGGGACACCGCUCCGUCUAGCAAUCGAACUUGGACGAGAGCAUAUAUUCUCUAGGCUCCUUGCAGAUUGUCGUGUCAAUCUCGAUCGCAUGUAUGAUGAGGAUGGGCUAACUCCAUUGGCCUGUGCGUGCACUGAAGGUCGGCUUGCUUUCGUCCGGGAUCUGUUGGCAUCUGAGCGAAUCCAAUGUGAUCGGGGUGCUUGGACUGGCCGAACACCACUAUCUUUUGCGGCGGACAAGGGCCAUCUCGAGAUCGUCCGGUUGCUACUCAAGACCGGCAAGGUCCGAAUCGACAACGCAGAUAAAGAAGGCUGGACACCCUUGUUGUAUGCAUGCUUACAUGGCCACAGCCAGAUAGCUUGCGAGUUGUUGAGCACAGGACAGGCGAAUCCGAACCAUACGGGCUUGGACCUAUCAAGCCCCUUGAUCCUAGCUGCCAAAAGGCCGAUUGGGAUUGCAGUGAAGAACGGCCGUGCGGAUAUUGCGCGCCUACUCUUGGCUACUGGACGCGUCGACGUCAACGUUAUAUCGCAAAAGUCUCUGGAAUCGAUCAUUGAAGACGACAGCCGGGAUUUCAAUGCAGGGGCACUUAGAGACGCCGGCUGA